AUGUCACGAUCGACCCUUGGCCGUCUGGUAGGGCUCUUGAUCACGGGCCUUAUUUCCUCGGCAUCAGCCGCAAGGACAGCCGACUGGAAGCCCAGGUCGAUAUAUCAGACCAUGACGGAUCGUUUCGCUCGCACAGAUGGAUCAUUAACAGCACCAUGCAAUACCACCGCGGGCCUUUAUUGCGGAGGAACAUGGCGAGGAACCAUUGAUCGUCUGGACUACAUCCAAGGGAUGGGAUUUGACGCUGUGAUGAUAUCUCCCAUCAUCGAGAAUAUCCAUGGCCAAGUCUCCUAUGGCGAAGCUUACCAUGGGUACUGGCCAUUGAACUUCAACACCCUCAACUCUCAUUUCGGGACGCAUCAAGACUUGCUCGACCUCAGUGCCGCUCUCCACUCCCGGGGCAUGUACUUCAUGAUGGAUACGGUAAUCAACAACAUGGCGUACAUCACAAAUGGCAGCAACCCGGCCACACAUAUCGACUACUCAGUAUUUACACCCUUCAAUAACGCAGACUAUUUCCAUCCCUACUGCAAAAUCACAAACUGGGAAAACAUGACCGACGCACAAAGGUGUCAGACAGGUGAUCUAGACGUGCCGCUGCCAGACCUUUUCACCGAGCAUGCAGAUGUCCAACAGCUUCUGAUCGCAUGGGCAAACAACGCCAUCAAGACCUAUUCCAUUGACGGACUCCGCAUUGACGCUGCCAAGCACGUUAAUACGGGUUUUCUACGAAAUUUCUCCAAUGGUGUCGACACUUUCAUGACAGGAGAAGUUCUUGAAGGGGCAGUCAGCAUCAUGGAAGAUUAUCAGAGCAACUACAUCGACAGUUUGCCAAAUUAUCCGAUCUAUUUCGAAAUCAUAGAUGCCUUCACCCAGGGCAAUACGUCUCAAUUGGCGAAAGCAGUGGAGAACAUGAGAAUCACCAUGCCAGAUGUCAAUGCUAUGGCCACUUUUUCCGAAAAUCACGACAAACCUCGAAUUGGUAGCUACUCCGAUGACAUAGCGAUGGCCAAAAAUGUCCUAGUGUUUACCAUGCUAUUUGAUGGAAUCCCGAUGAUAUAUCAAGGUCAAGAGCAACAUCUGAAGGGGAACUCGGUGCCUGUCAACCGAGAAGCCAUCUGGCUCACCAAAUACGACACCAAUGCGGUGCUCUACCAGCUAAUCGCAAAGCUGAAUCGCAUUCGGAACCACGCAGCCUUACUGGGCACAAACUACUUUGAGGACUCGACCCACACGAUCUACCAGGGAGCCAGUGAGCUUGGUUUCACAAAGGGUGUCCAGGGUCGACAAGUAGUCAUGGUGUUGUCCACUCAACCUUCGACCAGUGGGGCUUACAACCUCGACAUGGCAGUCACUUACAAUGCUGGCACGGUGAUCAUGGAUGUUCUGAACUGUAAGAACUAUACUGUCGACAACCAGGGCCUGCUGCGUGUCGAUAUGAACAAGGGAGAGCCACGGGUUUUCUUCCCCACACAAUAUAUGGAGGGUAGUGGUCUUUGUGGCUACCCCGAGACGAACGUUACCCUCGCGAUGUUGGAGACUGGCAGUAGUUCGACGUCGGCUGGAAUGCAAUUUACCAGUGGUACCGGUGUAGCCACCCUACUGCUAGCCGUGAUGACCAGCAUGUUCGUCAUGUUCGUUUGA